GAUAAACGCUGAGCAUUACCGCGGCGCCUUCGCGCGUGAUUCGUGUCGGUAUCGGGAUGAGCGCCGAGGUUCCGGUGGGUCUCACGGAUCUUCUGAUGGGUUUCACGCUGGAGGUUCUGAAGCAGAGACCCACAGAUCUGCUCGAGUUCGCCGUUCAGCACUUCACGCGCUUGCGGGAGCGUCGGAGCCCCGUGCGCGCCUCUGGCCGCUCUCCGGUGACCCGUGGCGACGCGUUUGACCGCGGAUCCGCCGCGACAGACUCGACUGAGGACGAUGAUGAUGAAGAAGAAGAUGCUUUUCCAGAGGACUUCACCUUUAAACCACCUCCUACUAGUAAAUGCAACAGAAGAGUUUCAGUGUGUGCAGAGGCUUAUAACCCAGAUGAAGAUGAAGAUGAUGGGGUCGAGUCGAGGGUCGUUCACCCUAAAACUGAAGAGCAGCGCUGUCGACUUCAGGACGCCUGCAGAGAAACACUGCUGUUUAAAACACUGGAGCAGGAUCAGUUUAAUGAGGUGUUAGACAGCAUGUUUGAAGUGCUGGUGAAACCUCACGAGUGCAUCAUAAAUCAAGGGGAUGAUGGUGAUAAUUUUUAUGUUAUUGAAAGGGGUGUGUUUGAUAUAAUGAUAGAGAAGGACGGAGUGACUCGCUGUGUGGGUCAAUAUGAAAAUAAAGGAAGCUUUGGUGAACUUGCUCUAAUGUAUAACACACCUCGAGCGGCCACUAUCAUUGCCACACAGGACGGAGCGCUGUGGGCUUUGGACAGGGUCACGUUUCACAGACUCAUUGUGAAAACUAAUGCCAAGAAGAGGAGAAUGUAUGAGAGUUUUAUUGAGAGUGUGCCGCUGUUAAGGUCUCUCCAGUUAUCUGAACGAAUGAAACUUGUUGAUGUUUUGGGGAUGAAAUCCUUUAAAAACGGAGAACAGAUCAUAAAACAGGGUGAUGAAGCCGACUGCUUUUAUAUUGUGGAGUCUGGGGAAGUUAAAAUUAUGAUUAAGAGCAAAACUAAAGCAGGCCAGCGGGUGAAUGAGGAGGUUGAGAUCGCCCGCUGCACUACAGGACAGUAUUUCGGGGAACUGGCGCUGGUCACAAACAAACCCAGAGCUGCUUCUGUGUAUGCAUUUGGAGAGACCAGGUGUUUAGUGAUUGAUGUGCAAGCGUUUGAGCGUCUCUUGGGUUCGUGUAAGGAGAUUCUGAAGAGGAACAUCAGUCACUAUGAGCAACAGCUGGUGGCUCUCUUUGGCUCCAGUGAUGAUCUUAAACAUUAAUAACUUCACCACCUGUAGAACGAACAAACCACUUAAAAACAUAGGUCUGUGUCCAGAUCCUGUCUCAAGAUGCACUUACUAUAGGGCAAUGCACUGUACCUGGACAAACAUUAACCGUUUCAAAGGUAUAACCACAAGAUUAAAACACUAUGUCCUCAAAUCACUUACUAACCUGAAUGUGUAUCAAAUCCACUGGUCAACCAGAUCACUUUAAAUGGGUGUGAAAUAUAAGCGCUAACUAGCCAUACAGUGCUGAUUAAAUAAUAAAGAAGAAUUACAUCAGUAACCCUAGACUACAGAACAUUUAACAGCCAAAGACUUAAACAAAAAAUAUUGAGACACUUCAGUUUUUUAGCCCUUGGCACAUUUUGGCUCAUAGAUCACCAUUUCAAGCACAUUACAAAUUUUUUGUAUAAAAAAAAAGAACCUUCCUUCAUAUGUCCUUGCAUUACCCGCAGUAGAUAACCAUAACCAUCUGCAAUUGUGAAACACUAGUAAACUUUCUAGAAAUGUUACCCAUGACUUCCUGUGAUUGAUGAUUAAACACAAAU